CAAGGGAGUGUGAAAGAAAGAGGCUGGAUGGACCUUCUGACAAGGGUGUUUAGUUAUGAAAACAAAAGUAUUGUAACAGAUGGCACCCUGGAAACCUCAUAACAGCGGAUUGGAACGAGCCGGCGCUGCUUAUCGGGAGUCGACGGAUGACUUUACACACACACACACAUACACACACUCUGGGCGCUGCUGGGGGGAUAUAUAAGAUCUCACUAGGAGGGUCAAACACCCAUUGGAUUGCUGCUUUGGAGUCUAGAUCUUACAACAAAUACCAGUCGUUCGAGUGCCAGCUUUUUGGGUUGAAGUUUGUUUUUCUGCCAAGCUUGUGCUGAAAUUUCUUCAAAGACCUACUGGGGAAGUUCUUCAGGUGGGAAAAAUAAACCAGCUUCCAGGACAAGGUGGAUGCAAACCUGUGGAGAUCAAGAACAAAUUCUGGCAAGAUCUGAUACGUUUUGAACUUGCAAGGACUGCAAGGACUACGAACUGUGUUUGAGUAAAAAACUGGUCAAGCUCUAAUACGUUUGAACUUCUGCAAGGAGUACAAACCAUUGUCUUCCAAAAAUUUUUUGCAGUUUCUAAUGCGUUUGAGCUUUUGCAAGGAGUAACAUCCAUUUUGGCCAGAAAUUUUGGCAAGAGCUGAUAUAUCUGAACUUUUCUUGCAAGGACUACAAGCUGUCUUUGAACAGAAAAUUUGUCAAGAUUUAUUACGUUUGAACUGCAAGGACUACAAACAUUUUUUUUUUCAAGAAUUGUUGCCGUUUUCUACUACGUUUGUACUACAAAGGACUGCAAAGUAUUUUUUUCCCAGAUAUUUCAGCAAGUUCUAAUACAUUUUACCUUCUCCUGCAAGGACUAACAUCCAUUUUGACAAAAAAUUUUGGCAAGAUCUAACACAUUUGAACUUGCAGGGACUACAAACUGUCUUUGACCAGAAAAAUGGUCAAGUUUUAAUACGUUUGAGCUUCUGCAGGAACAACAAACCAAUAUCUUCCAGCAAUUUUGACUGUUUCUAAUACAUUUGAACAUUUUCAAGGACUAACAUCCAUUUUUGACCAGAAAAAUUGUCAAGUUUUAAUACGUUUGAAGUGCAAGGACUUCAAACCAUUUUUGACAUUUUGCCAAGACUUAAUACACCUAAACAAUAUUUUGUCAAGUGCUAAUACACCUGAACUUCUGCAAAGUCUAACUCCCAUUUUUUAACAGAAAUUCUGAAAAUUUAUAAUACAUUUCAACUUCUGCAGGGACUACAAACCAUUUUCUUCCAGAAUUUUUGCCAGUUUUUAAUCUAAUACGUUUGAAUUGCAAGGACUAACAUUCAUUUUUGGCCAGAAAUUUUGGCAAGAUCUAAUACAUUUAAACUUUUCUUGCACAGACUAUAAACUGUUUUUGACCAGAAAAUUUCUAACACGUUUGUACCUCUACAAGGACCACAAAUCAUAUUUUUCCCAGAAAUUUCAUUAAGUUAUAAUAUGUUUGAACAACUUCUGCAAUGACUACAAACCAUUUUUGAUAUUUCGCCAAGAUCUAAUACACCUUAGCAAUAUUUUGGCAAGUUCUAAUACAUUAGAACUUUUUUUUGCAGGGACUACAAAUCAUUUCUGAGCAGAAGAUUUGUCAAGUUUUAAUACGUUUGAACUUCUGCAAGGACUACGAACCAUUUUCUUCCAGAAAUUUUGCCAGUUUCUACUACGUAUGAGCUUUUGCAAGGACUGACAUUCAUUUUUGACCUGAUAUUCUAACAAGAUCUAAAAAGUUUGAACUUCUGCAAGAACAACACACCAUUUUUUAACAGAAAUUUUGGAAGUCUAACAGAAGUUCUAAUAGGGUUGCACUUCUGCAAGGACUACAAACCAUUUUUGACAUUUCGCCAAUAUCUACUACAUUUGAACUUCUCCUGUUAGGACCACAAAACAUUUUUUCCCAGGACUUUCAGCAAGUUCUAAUACAUUUAUUUUUCUCCUGCAAGGACUGACAUCCAUUUUUGACCAGAAAUUCUGACAAGAUCUAAUACGUUUGAACUUCUGCAAGGACUUCAAACCAUUUUUGACAUUUAGCCAAGAUCUAACACAACUGAACUCCUCCAAGGACUACAAACGAUAUCUGACCAGAAAUUUAAGCAAGAUCUAAUACAUUUGAUCUUCUGCAAGGACUAACAUUCAUUUUUGAUAAUACAUCUGAUCUCCUCCCCCAAAGAAUUACAACCUGUUUUCAACCAGAAAUGGAAACCGCGAAACCCAUGGCAAUGUUUUACGACAACGUAUCGAUUCUAGAUCUAAACAGCGCUGCGAUAAACAACGUCUACAUUCACGAGGACUUCGAUGCGUUCAGCAUCACCAUGGCCAUCUUGUACCUGGCGGUGUGCAUUGUGGGAUUGACCGGAAACUCGCUGGUCAUCGUCACCAUUCUAAAACUGGACAAAAUGUCUUCGGCGACCACCGUCUACAUUUUCAACUUGGCUUUGGCGGACGGACUCUUCAUGGUAGGACUCCCGUUCAUUGCUAUCCAAAACUUCCAGGACCAGUGGAUUUUCGGAGACGCCGUUUGCAAGCUGGUUAUGGUUCUGGACGGCAUCAAUCAAUUCACGAGUGUGUUCUGCUUAACCGUGAUGAGUGUUGAUCGCUACAUGGCUCUGGUAGAUCCACUGCGCUUCACUCAGUGGCGGACGCCACGACGUGCGAAAAUCAUCGCUGCACUAAUGUGGUUCAUCUCUUUGUUUCCAGUGAUACCAAUGGCUAUUCAUUUUUCUGCCAACUACGGUUUGUGCACUGUUGACCCUCAUGUUGCGUCUGACACUUGGUGGUUGGCCUUUCUUAGCUACACCUUCGUACUGGGCUUCGCCUUGCCAUUCACCAUAAUGAUUGUGUUUUACACAGCACUUCUAGUGACUCUGAGAAACGCCAGACAGCAAACGUCAUCUUCAGUAGAAAGUCAAAGGUUUGAGAAACAGGUUACUAAGAUGGUAGUGGCGGUUGUUUUGGUCUUUGGCAUCUGCUGGCUGCCGUUCUACGUCUUCAACUUUUGUUCUCUGCACCAAAUAAAUGUUGUGCUCGAUUUUACACGUGGCUUUGAGUUUGUUGUGCUCCUGUCGUACUCGUGGAGCUGCGCCAAUCCAAUAUUAUACGCGUGCCUGUCGGAAACCUUUCGAAGGCAUUUCCACGCCCUCCUCUGCCCUCACAAGAGCUCACAGACACAUUGCGACAGAGACACCGAGGGGUUCGUUCUGCACGACACCAACGUGCAAAGCGUGCUUGCUUAGUACGUCUUUGUUUUAGAUAUUUAGAAGGGUUUGUGUCGUAAUGCAUUCCCACUUUGUAAACAGACAAUUUUUCUUUGACACAUUUUUCUAGUACACUUCAAAGUAUGAGUCUCUGAGAUUGUGUUUGUGUCUGUGCAAUUGAGAAAAAGACAUGAGCAGACUGGGGCGUGAUAAGUGGCGGGUGGAAGUCGAUAACUCACCCUGUUCUGCGGCAAAGCUUUUUCAACACAAAAGCAAAGUUCCACGCAAAGGAAGGGCCGUGCUGUAAGGAUGAUUAUGCAAUUUCUGCCCUCCUGUACAAGUGCUGUCAGACUGAUUGUGGACUUCGGAUGAUGUCAUGGUUGUCAUGGCAUCCAGCUUGGACCAAAUAUUUGAGGAUUUUUGUGCGACUGUUGCCGAAUGACACAUGAGAAAAGAAUGUGGUUGAGAAUUUUUGAAAACAGUUGAUAAAUUAGAUGUUAAUGGCCAACACUGGUUUGUGUAUAUAUAUGUAUGAAGAGUUUAUUUGCAAAAACAGAUAACUGUUUUUUUUUUUUUAAUAAUUAAAAAAAUCAUGUUUUUUAUAGUGUUAACAUGUUGUUGUUGUUUUUUAACCUAAUCAAAAUAACCCAGCUGCAGUUUGACUGAGAUUAACUGGAAUGCACAAUUAAAAAACAUAAUUUUCAUAAUCUGUUUUUGCAAAUCAACUCUUCAUAUCUAUAUAGUAAUUAAUAACACAUGAUAUUUUAAAUAUAUGGCAAUAUAUAUAAUCUACACAGGGUAAUAUAUAUGUUAUUAUUUCAUUUUUGUAUAUAUAUAUAUAUAUUACUAUCUUUUUUGGAUUUAUUUUUUUAUUUUUUUGCUUUGAAGUAAUUAUGCUUUGUAACUUUUUGAUAAUAUAUUCUGAACUUAUGAUUAGAAGUGAACAAUUUACCCUUGUUUUCAGUGUAUCACAGCAUUUGCCACUAUUUUAUGCUUCUGCUUUGAUGUUAAUAUUUCACUUUAUUGCAUGUAUAGAAUAUUUGCACAUAAUCAUCCAAAACAUAUAUUUGGGGGGGAGUUCGUGCGUGACCCUGGACCACAAAACCAGUCUUAAGUAGCAUGGGUAUAUUUGUAGCAAUAGCCAAAAAUACAUUGUAUGGGUCACAAUUAUUGAUUUUUCUUUUAUGCCAAAAAUCAUUAGGAUAUUAAGUAAAAUUCAUGUUCCAUGAAGAUAUUUUGUAAAUUUCCUACCAUAAAUAUAUCAAAGCCAUAUUUUUGAUUAGUAAUAUGCAUUGCUAAGAACUUCAUUUGGACAACUUUAAAGGUGAUAUUCUCAAUAUUUUGAUUUUUUUGCACCCUUAGAUUCAAGAUUUUUAAAUAGUUGUUAGGAUAUUGUUCUAUACAUCAAUGGAAAGUGCAUCAGCUUUCAGAUGAUGCAUAAAUCUCAGUUUCAAAAAACUGACCCUUAUGACUGGUUUUGUGGUCCAGGAUCACAAAUUGCUUUCUACAUAUGUAAUUUAUCAUUGUUCAUAAACAUUAAA